CAGGCGCCGCGGAGCUGUCGGGCCCGGUGGGUGCGCGGUUCCCGGGCUGCUCCCGCGGCUCUCCCGGCUCCCGGCGCUUGGCUGCGGCUCGCCGGCGCUCCCGGGCGUGGAGCGGCGUCGCGGCCGCCCGUGGUCGGCGGUAGCGGAGCCCGGGAAGACGCGCUGUGGGCUUGGGGCGGGCGCGGGUGCCCCGGGGCAGCCCGGCCCGGCGCGUUACGGUGUUUGCGUCCCUCGGCCCCUCCGUCCGGGGACGCGCAGAGAAAUAAAAUGCUCGGUAACACGCACUGACCGUGUCCAUAGGCGAGGCGUCGGCAUAGAGGCGUGCUAACCAUGGAGGGAGAUGAAGAGGAAGACUAUAUGUCUGAUUUAUUUAUUAAGCAGGAUGUCAGGCCAGGUUUGCCCAUGGUGAGGCGGGUGAAGGAAGCCAUUCAGAAGGAAGAAAAGCAAAAAGAAGCCAAUGAGAAGAACAGACAAAAAAGCAUAAAAGAAGAAGAAAAAGAGAGACGUGACUUGGUACUGAAAAGUGCUUUGGGCAAUGAGAACAAAGGCUUUGCUUUGCUCCAGAAGAUGGGCUACAAGAGCGGCCAGGCCCUUGGCAAAAGUGGAGAAGGCAUUGUUGAACCUAUUCCUCUGAACAUAAAAACAGGCAGAAGUGGGCUUGGUCAUGAGGAACUAAAAAAGCGAAAAGCUGAAGAAAAACUGGAAAACUAUAGACAAAAACUCCAUAUGAAAAAACAAGCAAAUGAACAAGCUGCAGAUGAGUUCAGAAUAAGAUUCAAAACCAAACAAGAAGAACGUAAGAUGGAAGGGGACCUGCGAAAAAGUCAGAGGGCCUGCCAGCAAUUAGACACACAGAAAGAUAUUGGUGUUCCCAAGGAGACUUGGUUUUGGAUAAAACCUGAAGAGGAAGACAAAAAGGAUGAGGAAGACAAGGAAGAUGAAUGCACAGGCUCAGACUUAAGUGUAUCAGAAAAGCUACACAUCCUGACAGCCUAUUUGAGAGAGGAGCACUUCUAUUGCAUUUGGUGUGGAACAACCUAUGAAGACUCUGAAGAUUUAUCUUCAAACUGUCCUGGAGACAGUGCUGCAGAUCAUGACUAAAGCCAGUCUAAAGGAAGAAGCCCUAGAGAAGCAAGCUCAGGAAGAGCAGGCUGGACAAAUGGAUGGUGAAGUGGACUGAGAACUGGCUGAACAGCAGGUCCCAGAGGGUCACACUCAGCAGCACAGGGCCUGUCACCAGUGGUGUCCUCCUAGCUUCAGUACCGACCCAAUAUUGUUUAACUUGUUCAUCAAUGACCUGGAUGAAGGGGCAGAUGCCUCCUCAGCAAGUUCACUGAUAACACCAAGUUGGAAUGAGUGGCUGAUACCCCAGAGUGCUGUGCAGGCCUCCAGAAGGACCACAACGGGCUGGAGAGAUGGGCAGGGAGGAACCUUCUGAAAAUCCACAAAAGAAAAUGCAGGGUCUUGCACCUGGGGAGAAAUAACCCUGGGCACCAGCACAGGCUGGGGGCUGAUCUGCUGGGAAGCAGCUCUGUGGAGAAGGACCUGGGGGUCCUGAUGGACAACAAGCCAUCCAUGAGCCAGCAGUGAGCCCUUGUGGCCAAGAAGGCCAAUGGAAUCCUGGGUCCAUUAGGAAGAGCAGCACCAGCAGGCCAAGGGAGCUGAUCCUGCCCCCUGCCCAGCCCUGCUGAGGCACAUCUGGAGUGCUGAGUCCAGCCCUGGCUUCUCAGGACAAGAGAGACAUGGAGCCCCUGGAGUGGCUGCAGUGGAGGGUACCAAAGAUGUCUGAGGCUCUGGAGCAUCUCUCUAAUGAGGAAAGGCUGGGGGAGCUGGGCCUGUUCAGCCUGGAGAAGAGGCACUGAGAGGGGACCUCAUCCAUGCCUGUGAGUGUCUGAAGGGAGGUGCCAGGAGCAUGGAGCCAGGCUCUGCUCGCUGCUGCCGAGCAAUAGGACAGGAGGCAAUGGGCAGAAAGUGAUGCACAGGAACUUCCACCUGAACAUGAGGAAGAACUUCUUUACUGUGUGGGUGACUGAGCACUGGAACAGAUUGUCCAGAGAGGUUGUGGAAUCCCCCCUGACUGGAGAUACACUGGACACAAGUCCAAGUAACGUGCUCUAGGGAACCCUGCUUGAGGAGGUAGAUUGGACUAGAUGACCUCCAGGGGCCCCUUCCAACUUCACCCAUUCUGUGAUUCUACAAGUGGCUUUCUGGGUAAACAGAGCAGUCUGCUUAAUUCAUUUGCUGUUAACUAGUGUAAUGUCUGCCUGAAGAUGACAGUCAUGGCUUAGCUGUGUAUCCUGAAUCAUCAGCUAUCCCUAUAAGCCUGGCAUAGCAGGCCCUUUCCAACCACUAUCCAGUAGUGGUUGGAAAGGGCCACAGCUCCCAUGACCUUGGAGUUUUUUCCCCUACUCUUUAGCAGUAGCUUUAGGCCUGUGACCCUACAUGCUGGUGAUCAUCAAAUGAACCAGAUAUUCAGCUCAGAAUAAUCAACUUUGCUUUUACAUGAUGCUCUUACAGCAGGGCUUGCCAGCACUAGAGUUUAUCAUGUUCCAUUAAAUGAAAUUCUUUCUAAGCUAACGGAGCAGCUGAAGACCAUCCUAGGACUUUCCAUCCACAUAACUUCCCCACCUGCCUGCAGAACACAAGAUUUUUAUAGUUUAACGAAAUUAUGCUUUUCCAACUAUAAACACUGUGGAACUGUGCAUGCAUUUGCAGUCAACUGUGAGCAGGAACAGAAGGACUGAGGAGUACUGCAAGGUAGCUGGAGACAGCCAAGUUGAACAGACACACUGGUAUGAUCUUCUCACUGGAAAAAUUAUCUGAUUAACAGUGUUCAAAAUCUGAGUCCAACCACAAUUACUUUAGACAAGAUGCCCAGCAGCUACAUCACUGUCCUACCAAUAUGUAGGUUUGCACAUAAAAAGCUCAAAGCACAUACAGGACACCUUUUCUAAAAAAGCAUAAGUAAUGAGGGGUUUCUUUUUGAAAUAAUAUCUGUUUUAUUUAAAGAAACCUCUUCCAAAUCACUUUGGUUUUCAUCUUGGGAAACUGCAAGGGUUUUGAUUUGGUGGAAACUCUUCUUGCUGCACUGUGCAGUGAAGACAAGAGCAUGGCAGAGACAAGACUCACCUAUCCAUAAUUUUUAGUUUCUAAAAUUAGAAAAAUACUCCCUUUAAGUUUCUGAUCAAAUAAGAAGAUACGUAAGAAACUUGACAUCCUUUUUUGCUUGGCAUUAUUCUUUAGCAUGCUUGGGCUUCAGUGUAUAUGUAGUAGGACAGAAGUGAAAUAAACUGCAGUAUUUCUUUCCUUCAGUUACGACAUUUCAGCUGAGGUGUGAGGACUUACAGGCUUUAUGGAAAUGAAUUAAGGUAAAAAAAUGUAAAUAGAGAUAAUACUCAAGACAAAGAGAUUCCUUCUAGAAUGGAAUAAGUGAUACCAGAAGCAAAGCAAAACAACAACUGUGGGAGUUCUUAAAUUUAAAGAUUACAUACCUUAGUUUUUUCAUGACAAGUGAAUGCCGAAAGAAUUUCAAACCAAAUUAAUCCCAAUGCAUAAAUAUCUACUUCCUUUCCAUAUCUGGCCCCAGCCUAGAAAGAUUAGAAUAGAAUAAUGUAAGUAUCAAAUCCAACUGGAGAACAGCACUUCUUAGAGCAAAAUUGGAAGUCAGUAGAAAUUUCCACCCCAAGGCUACAGGACUAGCCUUACUCAAUAUCCUUCUUAGUUGUUAACCCUUUCUGCCUCAGACCUGUUAAUAGUGACUGAACACCCUGAAAUUCAGACUUCUACAGACCUAUACAGAUAAAGCAUGCCAAUCAUUGCCCUGUGACAAAUAAUGAAACAAACAGAGAAACUCAAAUUAUGCAAUUAACAGGGGCCCUAAAUUAAAAUUUAAAUAUAUGUCUGGCAGCCUGGUUAUACAAGAGCAGUCCUUACAGCAAGCAGUGUCAGACUCUAUGUUCACACAGAGCAAAAAACUUUGCCACGCUUUUGGUAAAGCUUUCUGCAGAGUACAGUUAUCCUUUCAUACAGUCAUAGCAGGGAACUUUAGGCAACUUGCUUUAAUACUGAGAUUAGGAUUGAGAACAUCCAGUGCUGAGUUUAUAGCGCAUGUCUAAUUACAGAGACACUAAUGCAGCAGGAUAAUUACCUGUUCUGGUGCCAUAUACGAUUUUGUUCCUCUGUUCUCAGUCAAAGUCUCAAAUGCCACAGAAGUCACAAGACCGAAGUCACCUAUUUUUAUUUUAUUAUCAUGUGAUAUGAAUAUAUUCUGAGGCUAUUUUCAUAUACAUAAAUAAAAAGAAAAAAAAAAAUCACCAAAUGACCAAGGUUUAUCAUCAAGCAUAAUCAGCCACAGAAGUGUUUCCCAUAAAAUUUGAUGAUUGUUCAGAAAGCAGCAUUAAGAAACUGAUGGUGUGAAAAGAGGAAUAAGUUAAAUCAAUUUUUAAAAACACAAACUAAAUUUCAAGUAGUACAUUCUGCAGUAACUGCACCUCUUUUCCACUAGCUCUGUCAUAACUGUGUCAUGCUUUAAUUGCUCUUCCAAUACACUGCUCAUAUAAUAGUCUACAUCCCAAAGUACUUUUCACUCUUCAAUCCUAGCCAGAACUUGAUACACUUAGGCAAAGCAUUUAGUCUUACAUGGAAUUCCACUCAAAUCAGAGUUUCUCCUAGGCACAGAAGGAUCAUGUGUACUCAAUCAAAUGCAGAGUUAAGGCUUACUACAGGUGUCUCAGAGUAUCAUGUUUACAUUUCCAUUAAACCUCCCCUUUUUAAAUUUGACAGUGUCAUGGCUUAAGGUGAGUUGGCAACUAAGCACCAUGCUGUGGAAUGGGAGGGAGAAUCAAAAGUAAAUUUGUAAGCUGUGUUUAAAACAGUUUGAUAAUUGAAACAAAAGAAAAAUUUAAUAAUAACGUUAAAUAAUAAUGAUAAUAAAAGGAUUAAAAAAAACCAAACCGAAACAAAUUAUGCACAGUACAAUUGCUCAGCACCCACUGACUGAUGCCAGAUCUCCGUCCUAAGCCCAGAUCAGCCCCUCUUCCAUGUAAAAUCUAGUCUUCGACUUAAAAUAAGCACUACCUAGGAGCAACCAAAACAUCAGUGUGUUAUCAGCAUUACUAUAGUACUGAGCUCAAAACAAAGCACUGUACCCCCUACUUAAAAAAAAAAAUUAACUGUAUCCUAACCAAAACCAGAACAUGAAGUCAAACAACUAAAAAUAGAACUAUAUAUCCUUCAAUGAAGUUUCCCAAAAAUAAAGAAACUACACUGCUGAAUGUUU